GUACACAAAGAAGAGAAAAAAAAACUUACAAUACCUAAAGUUUCAAUAUAUCGAAUAGUUGGAAGAAAGAAAAUAAUUAAGAAAUAAUGGCAAGGGCAGUGGGAAGAAGCUUAGCAGGACCAUUGUUGUUUUUGAACUUAUUAAUGUAUCUUAUUGUUUUAGGUUUUGCUAGUUGGUGUCUCAACAGGUUUAUCAAUGGACAAACCAAUCAUCCUAGUUUCGGAGGAAAUGGAGCGACGAUGUUCUUCCUAAUAUUCGCGAUAUUAUCAUCAGUAUUAGGAAUAAUAUCGAAGCUUUUAGGUGCAAAUCAUCUAAGGGCAUGGAGAAAUGACAGUCUUGCUGCUGCGGGUUCCUCUGCUUUAAUUGCGUGGGCUGUUACUGCACUUGCUUUCGGCUUGGCAUGUAAGGAAAUAAACAUAGGAGGAUGGAGAGGAUGGAGGCUAAGAGUUGUUGAAGGAUUAAUAAUAGUUCUUGGACUAACUGAACUUCUCUAUGUCCUUAUGCUUCAUUCUGGAUUAUUUAAUAGCACCUAUGGUCCGGGCUAUAGGGACAACGAGUACGGUGUCGGUGCGCCACCACAUCAUGCUGGUGGCGCAGCAGGGACCGGAAUCGUGGAGAAGGGUUCCGGUGUAAUUUAGUUAUAAGUAAAACAGUGUUUAGAUUUGGGAACACUGUAUAUGUUCCAGUGUCUUUAUUAUUGGAAGUUUAUUUUGCUUUUUAUUUUUUGAACAGUGGUGUGUGGAGUUGGUUUUGGUUUUUAAGUUGAAGUCAACAUUAUUUCCUUGCAAGAGUGUCACCCUUUUCUAAAAGGGGCUAAAAGUUUAAUAAU